GCAUGCGUCCGGCACGCCACUGCCUCGCCAUGGCUGGGAUAGGAUCUUGCGGCGAGUGUCGCGUUGCGUCCGGUUCGACUGCAGUCGGUGAUGGCGGAGGCUUUGGGCGCGGCCCGGUAGGGGCAUCAGGGAAGUACCUGGUGCCUGGAUAUCCGGGAAGCCUCGAGAAUCGCUACGUGGCCGAAGGCUGCCGGCCAAGCAUCCGCUCGGCGAGGGCUUUUUCAUUCAGCUCGUACCACUGUGCCCUCGCCGCACGUGUUGCAGCCCGCAUGCCACCUCCAGAAAUCACAGAACCUUGCGGCCCACUGAGGCUGUACGCAGAGUGCCGGGAGCCGUGCUUAGUGAUCGGUUUUCACAAGGGCCCUGCAGGGAAAACGCUUGGCACGUAGAAGGCUUCAACGAAUUGGAUGCAUGCAUGCAUGAACGAACCUACACUAGUCCAGAAGGUGAGGAUUACAGGUUCCUGAGAGGAGGAGGUGGGAGUUUUCAGCUUUAUUGAGGUAGGAUGGCCACACAAGCCUUCUCUGAGGCAGUGACAUUUGAUCUGAGACCUGAAAAACCCAGCCAUGUGAAGAAAAUCUGGGAAAAGGGUGUUGUAGGCAGGAAGCACAGAAGACACCAAGGCCCUGAGCAGAAACAAGUCCAGUAAGAGUGAAGAGCAGAGAGAGGUGUGAGAGAGAGAGGCACAGCUAAGGCUUGAGAGCCCAGAGCCCGCGGUGAGGAAGUGGACUUCAUUCUCAGGGCUCAAGGUCACAUUCCUAGUGAAUGCUAGGGCUGGAAUUCAAGCACCUCGUCAGCCCUUAAAACCUAAUCUCUCACCUUUGUCCCAGGGUGAUACCCACCUCACAGACUCGUCCGGGUCACUAGAGAAAACUUAGAACGUGCCUGGCGCAAGAUAGACGUGCAACCGGUGUCCCCUUUCUCCUGGUUUUCCUGUAAAGGUAGGCUUCAUGCCCAGCGUGCAGCCCAACACUGGGCUUGAACUCAGGACCCUGAGAUCAAGACCUGAGCUGAGAUCAAGAGUUGGACACUUAACCAGCUGAGCCGCUCAGGUGCCCCUGUAGUGGUUACUUUAAAUAGUUGGAUUUUGUGGCUCAGCUGAACAUGGAGCAGUUUCUGGACCGGAAGAGCUGAGGAAGCCCAAACUUGAGCUGAAGCAACUCUACUGAGGUCAGCCCCAUGGCCGUUCCACACGAUUCACACGAGACUUCCUAUUUGCUGCCUCCAAACAGUAAGGACUGGGAAGGGCAUGGCAUUCCUGACUUUGUCUACGGGCAAGAGGAGCUGGUGCUGGAAGGGAUUCAGUGGCCGAGGGACGCGCCCGGCCUCCCGGAGGACACGGUACCACCCUCUCGCUUCGACUCUGUGCUCUGCUCCGCCUGGAGGCAGCGGGUGGAGCUGGGGCUGUUCCGCUACCGCCUGGGGGAGCUGCAGACCCAAACCCUCCCCGGUGCCGUGGGUUUUGUGGCUCAGCUGAACGUGGAGCGAGGUGCGCAGAGGAGGCGCCCCCAGAGCAUCAGUAGUGUGAAGCAGGCGUUUGACCCUGCGCUGUUUAACUUCAACAAGAUCCGGCCAGGAGAAGUCCUCUUCCGUCUGCUCCGGGAGCCCGAUCUGCCAGGCGCUCUCCAGCAAGAGGACAUCCUCGUAAUGAUCAAUGUCAGCCCCUUGGAGUGGGGCCACGUGCUGCUGGUGCCCGAGCCCACCCGUGGGCUCCCCCAGCGCCUGCUGCCCGGUGCGCUGCGGGCCGGGGUCGAGGCUGUGCUGCUGAGCUCACACCCAGGCUUCCGCGUCGGCUUCAACAGCCUGGGUGGCUUGGCCUCAGUGAACCACCUCCACCUGCACGGGUAUUACCUGGCCCACAGACUGCCUGUGGAGGGAGCACCGAGCGAGCCCCUGGACCCCGGGGGGCAUCUGCACCUCCUCCAGGCCGUCCCAGCGCCCGGCUUCCUCUUUUACACUAGCGGGCCGGGGCCUGACUUGGAAGCCUUGAUAGGCAGGGUAUGUCGGGCCACCGACUAUCUGACUGACCGCGAGAUCGCCCAUAAUUUGUUUGUGACGCGGGGGGCCCCACCUGGAAAGACAUCACCCUCCUCGGCUCUCACGGGGGUCCGAGUGAUUCUGUGGGCCCGGAAGUCCAGUUUUGGGGUAAAGGAAGGCGAGGCGUUCAAUGUUGCCCUCUGUGAGCUGGCCGGGCACCUCCCUGUCAAGACGUCCCAGGAUUUCAGCAGUCUGACAGAGGCGGCUGCUCUGGCCCUCAUUCAAGACUGUCUGCUGCCCCCCGCCCAGGCAGAAGAGGUCCGGGCAGCGCUAGUGGCCUUGAUAGCCCAGGACGAGCAGUAAUCCUUCCGGAAGUAUUUAUUUUCUACCCGGUCUAAGUCCCUUUCCAGAGAGCCGUCCACAGGGGCCGUUUGGGCAUUUCUGUGACUGCCUUCUUACCUGUCUCAGCCUAAGGGGACAGGUAAAGAAUUGACACGUGGCCUCUUUAAAGAGAAGAAACGUUAGAAUAAAUCGAACAAAUGAG